AUGUCAAGUGAUGAUACUAAGUCUGUGGACAUGGGAGCAAGGCCCCAGAACUGUGACCCCAGGUGUGAACAGAAGUGUGAGUCCAAAUGCCAGCCCAGCUGUUUAAAGAAGCUGCUCCAACGCUGCGCAGAAAAGUGCCCAAAGGACAAGUGUCCACCACCACCAAAAUGCCCUCCAUGUCCCCCACCACCACAGCCAUGCCCCCCGCCGUGCCCUCCCAACCCCUGCCCUCCCAAGUGCUCUCCUCCCUGCACACCCCCAGAGUGA